UGCCCGUCUCUAGAUUGCACAACUUGAGGACUCAAACGAAUGGCUCACAAGAGAGAAGAGAGAGCUAAACGGGACGCGUUGAGGAAGGAGAGACAGGCGAGAAAACACGGAUACUUGGAGGGAGAUGAAAAUUUCGUUGGAUUUUCUAAUCAACUUGCAACACAAGGACUCAAGUUGAAAGACAUUCCUGGCGACGGAAACUGCUUGUUUCGUGCUUUGGCAGACCAGCUUGAGGGUGACAUGAGCGAACACAUGCGACACAGGAGAGAGACGGUUGAUUACAUUAUACAGCACAGAAGUGAAUUCGAGCCUUUUGUAGAAGACGGACAACCAUUUGAGAGAUAUGUGAGAAAUCUUGCUCAAAAUGGGACAUUCGGAGGCAACGAUGCGCUAGUCGCAUUCUCUUGCCUCCACAAUGUCAACAUCAUAAUCCAUCGUUUCAACGAGCCCUGCCUGCAGGUCACAGCUUCAGACAGUCCAUCAGCACGAGAGCUACAUGUGUCAUACCAUAACGGCGACCACUACUCAUCAGUGAGAAGGAUCACUGACCCGGGCGUCGGACCUGGAGUGGUAGAACACGAAAAGCUGCCAACGAAGUCAGACAAGAAAGCUAGACACCAAUCAAGACAUAAAGUCAAAUCAAGUGUGGAAACAAACGAAAUGGAGGGAACAAUGAUCGAGACCGUGACAUCUGCCACUCAAUGCAGAGACGUCUCGCUCAUCGAGCAAACACUUGUGGACACGAGUUUCGAUGUCGAUGCGACUAUCAGUAUGAUCCUUCAACUUAUGGAUAUACAAGAGGCAUCGACAUCAUCACACGAGCCCCACAGUGUGACACAAGAACCCAAACUCGAAAGUAGUCAAACAAUGGAGUCCUCAAGAGCAACUGCAUGUGCCUUGUCUGUGGAAGCAAACAAGGGAGGCAAUGCUGUCAUGAAUAGUUCGCAAAUGGAUAGUAAGAACAAACCUGGAAAACCGAGAGAGAGACUGCAUGACGAGAGUAGACACCUGUCCAACAGACAACGAAAAGAGAAGGCGAAACGAGAGAGGAAAGAGAGGAGACUCGACGAGCAAAGAGGGCGAGCGCGUACGAGCCACCACCAAUUGAGUAGUCAACAAGACAAUAAUAUGAGAGAUCUCGAUAGAACGACAGCGGCAAUGGAAACGCUGUCUAUCUAACACCUUUGUACAGCUUUGUCAUACAGCAAAUUAAAAAACAAGAUAAAACUGAUCUUGAGCCUGAUGCUCGUAACCCCUCCCCCCA